AGGGGCCGCCGAAAUCAGCCUCGGGGUCUACUUCCGGGGGCGGCCGGCGCGCGGCCCCGGAAGUGGUCGCCGCGCGCGGGCUGCCCGUCUUGCUCCCCCUGCCUCCUCGGCCUUCCCGGCCCCGAGUCCUGAGUGCGAGGGGGUGCGGGGUCCCCGGGGUUUCCCCCCCCCCGCCCCCGGUUGCACGUUCACACAGCGGAGAAGGGGGUGGGGGUCCGGGCCCGCGCCUCAGCGGACGGCUACGGGUCCCGGGGCGGUCCCGCCGCGGCCCCCACGAUGUCCAAGCGGAAAGUGACGUUCCAGGAUGUGGGAGCUGAGGAGGGGGAGGACGAAGUCGGCCUCCCCAAGAAGAAGCUGGUGGACCCCGUGUUGGGGGCGGGGGGCCCCGGGAGCCGCUUCAAAGGGAAACACUCUCUGGACAGCGAUGAGGAGGAUGAGGAGGAAGAUGGGUCCAGCAAGUACGACAUCUUGGCCUCAGAAGAUGUGGAGGGGCAAGAGGAUGCCACGCUGCCCAGUGAGGGUGGGGUGCGGAUCACCCCCUUCAACCUGCAAGAGGAAAUGGAAGAGGGCCACUUCGACUCCGACGGCAACUACUUCCUGCACCGGGAGGCUCAGAUCCGAGACAGUUGGCUGGACAACAUCGACUGGGUGAAAAUCCGAGAGCGGCCUCCCGGCCAGGCCCCGCCCUCCGACUCCGACUCGGAGGGGGAGGGCCCCGGCCAGACCCCCCUGGACCCCCAGGCCCUGCUGGAGGGUCUUCUGGAGCUGCUGUUGCCGGGGGAGACAGUGGCGGGAGCCCUGCGGCGCCUAGGGGCCCGCGGCGGGGGCGGCGGGGGACUCCGCCGGCCCAGUUCCCCUCAGCGCCUGGACCUGCUCUCGGGCUUGGCGGACCAGAUGGUCGCCCGCGGCAACCACGGGGUCUACCAGGAGACUCGAGAGCGGCUGGCCGUCCGGCUGAAGAGGUUGAACGCCCAGGCGUCGGCCACGCCGGAGGCCACCCCCGGCCCCGCCCUGGACAUGUUUGCCGAGGAGAUGGGAGACGGGGAGCUGGAGACCCCUACCCCCGCCCGGGGAGGAGAGGAGGUGGCCGCCGGGGCCGGUGAUCCCGCGGACGUCAUGUGGGAGUACAAGUGGGAGAACACCAGUGACGCCGAACUCUACGGGCCCUUCACCAGCGCCCAGAUGCAAGUGUGGGUGGACGAGGGCUACUUCCCAGAUGGCGUUUACUGUCGGAAGCUGGAUCCCCCGGAGGGUCAGUUCUACAACUCCAAACGCAUUGACUUUGACCUCUACACCUGAAUCUCGGCGACGGGGAACCCAGAGGUCAUGGAGGCGCCUCCCCCGCAGAUCGGGCGGCCGCGGCGGGCCGGGGAGGGGGCCCCCGUGCCGGCCCAGGACUGGCGAGAACGUGGCGGGAGGAAAGGCAGGGGUCGCGGGGCGGGGGGGACUGGUGAGAGGGCAGGGGUCGGGCCGGGCCAAUUUCUCCUUCAGUUCCCUUUCCCAAUAAAAAUCUCUAGUUGUGUAA